ACCAGCAGAUGACAACAACAAAACAGACCGAGAGGGUGCUGUUAGCGUAGUUAGCUAACGUUACCUGAGAUAAGCAACUAGUGGCUUUGUCCGUGUGUGACACCUUCACGGCGGGUGUUUGCUGAAUUACAAAUUACUGUUUGCAGCAAUAUGACGGGUCGGUGUAGCCAGCUAUGGUUCUCUAUUAGUAUAGUCUAGACUAACGUUAGCUAAGUAGCUCCCUCAGCUAACGUUAGCUCUAUGUAUGCCAAGCUAAAACUGGUUAGCUAACGUUAGCUAGCUUGGUUGCUAGCUUGUUAGCUAGCCUAGUCGAGGUGGAGACCAAGAACAGUGAGAUGCGAGCAAAGUAAGGGUGGCCUUGAAGACAGGCAAACGCAAAGAACUCUGGGAGAUUCAACAUGAAGUUGUAUGUGUUCCAGGUCAACAAUGGCAGCACAUUGACAUUUGAUACUGAUCUUGCUGUCCAGACUGUUCUGGAGCUUAAACAUGCCAUCCAAGCCAAAUAUAAGAUUGCAAUUCAACAUCAAGUCCUUGUUGUUAAUGGAGGGGAAUGUAUGGCUGCAGAGAGGCGUGUCUGCAGCUACAGUGCUGGCACUGAAACAAACCCCAUAUUCCUGUUCAACAAAGAGAUGAUCCUGUGUGACCGGGAUCCCACGAUCCCCAAAACCACCUUCUCUAUUGAGAGUGAGAUCCAGGUUAAAGUAGAGGAGUCUCUACUGAUGCCUGCUGUCUUUCACACUGUUGCCUCGCGAACACAACUUGCUCUGGAAAUGUUUGAAGUUGCCACAAAACUUUGCUCUUUCUGUGAACGAUUGCUUCAUGAUGAACACCUGCAACACCAAGGCUGGGCUGCCAUAAUGGCCAAUCUGGACGACUGCACUCUCUCUUAUCAAAAGUUGCUUAUGAAAUUUGAUUCUUCGUAUGUAACCUAUCCACACGACUUGGAGGAAAUUAAAGUUAAACUCUCCAAGCUAGGAACAUCAGUUUCUGUAAUGGCGAGGAUUCCUCUGCUGGAAUGUUUGACAAGACACUGUUACAAAGAGAGCAUGGAGAAGUCAAGCUCAACCCCAGGAAAAGAUUCAGAUGAGACGGAAGAAGAAAAGUCCACCGACUCUGUGCUCUGCGCUGCUGACACACAGAGGCCCUCCAAGUCAUCUGCACCCUUCCCCGCUCCGGGGAUGACCACAUCUGAACCAUCUGGCGACCAGGAAACCAAUGAAAUGACUGACAGUGGUGGGCUGAGAGCUGCACUGCUGGAUGAUGAGGAUGAUGCUCCGGAGUUCACCAACCCGUCCUGCUUCAAUGUCACACUACUGGACUGGAUCAACGUGCAAGACCGACCCAACGAUGUGGAAUCGGUCGUGAGGAAAUGCUUUGACUCCAUCAAUAGGCUCGACCCUCGGAUCAUUCAACCCUUCCUGACAGAUUGUCGUGACACAAUUGCCAAGCUAGAUAAUCAAAACAUGAAAGCCAUCAAGGGGCUUGAGGACCGGUUGUAUGCUCUAGACCAAAUGAUUGCGAGCUGUAAGAAGCUGGUGAAUGAGCAGAAAGAACUUGCUCAGGGAUUUCUGGCCAAUCAGAAGCGGGCUGAAAACCUGAAGGACACAUCUGUCCUGCCAGAUUUGUGUUUGAGUCACACCAACCAGCUGAUGAUCAUGCUGAACAACCACAGGAAGCUGUUGGACAUCAAGAAGAAAUGCACCACUGCCAAACAAGAACUCGCAAACAACCUUCAAGUCAGACUUAAAUGGUGCUGCUACGUGAUGCUUCAUGCAGACCAGGACGGGGAGAAGCUUCAGGCUCUACUCCGACUUCUGACGGAGCUAAUAGAAAGAGUGAGGGUGGUGGAGGCCCUCAGCACCGUGCCACAGAUGUACUGCUUGGCUGUGGUGGAGGUCGUGAGGCGAAAGAUGUUUAUGCGCCACUACAGAGAGUGGGCUUAUGCACUUGUGAAGGACGGGAAAGGACUGUACGAGGCGGAGAAGUUCAAAAGGGAAUCCUUUGGGAAACUCUUCAGGAAGUCUUUCCUCAGAAAUCGUUUGUUCCGAGGACUCGAUUCAUGGCCUCCAACCUCCUUUUGUACACGGAAGCCCAGAAGGUUUGAUGACGAACUUCCAGACAUCUCACUUGAUGACCUGCAGUACUUGAAAUCUUGUUGUCCUGUCGAGGUGCAGCCUUUCCUCAUGGUUCCCACAAUGUGCGACUUAACGCCCUUAAAUCGCCACGUAGAGACGCUUCACAAGCUGGUCCAAGCUGCACAGAGUGUGGAUGAGAUGUCUCAAACUAUUACUGACCUGCUGAAUGAACAAAGGACCUCCUUCAGUCAGAGAUCAACGGUGUUGACUCCUCAGUCUGAAAGCAUAACCGGGACCAUGACAUCAAGGUCCUCCAAAACGCCGCCUUCUCUCAGCCUGCAGAGCCCCAGCAGCCAGCCACUGCAUGUUCCCGCCCCCGCGCCGCUGGAGGACUUGUCCCCGGACAGCAUAGACGCACAAACGUUUGACUUUGAAACCAUUGGCCACCCGAACAUGGAUCCGGUGCUGCACCAGGGCUCCCUGGACCUGGAUUCUCUAGCAGAGAGCCCCGAAUCCGACUUCAUGUCCGCUGUCAACGAGUUUGUGAUUGAGGAGCACUUGGCCUCUCCGAACCCCAUCAGCGAACCCAUUAGCCCCGAAAUGAUGGUGGAGUCGCUGUAUUCCUCCGUCAUUAACGCUAUCGACAACAAGCGCAUGCAGGACACCACAAUACUUGAGAGGGAGAACUCGAGGAUCACUGUGCUAAAACAAGUGAUUGACAAGUACCAAUCCGCUGCGGAGGAGUCCCACUCAAACUUCAGAAGCGUGAAGGAUGAUCUCCAUCACUUGAGGGGCAUGGUUUUAAAAGAACAACACGACUUUGGUUUCGUUUUGAGAAAUCUGACCACAGAGGUGAGCAACGUCGUGGACAACAUCUGCCAGACCCAGAAAUCUGAGCUGACGGAGCAGCAUCAGAGCGAGCUUCUCUCCCUUCGGCAGCCGCUGGAGACGCAGGUUCAGACGCUGACGGAGGAAAACCAAGUAAACCAGAACAUUGUCAAAGAUGUCCAGCGCGCAAUGCUGGAGCUGGAGGGGCUGAUGGAGCGCAAAGAGAAAGAACUCACUCAGCUCGAGAACGAGAAAGAGCGAUGGGCCCAGACGGAAAGUGACCAGCUGGAAAGGAUCAAAACCCUGGAGCAGGUGAUGGGCGAGCAAAGCCAAGAGAUCAAGGCGCUCUCGCUCUCGAGGGACUCUCUGACCAGCCAGCUGGAGAAUCUGCACUUUGAGAUUGAACGUGGCCAGCAGAAGAUCCGGCAGGAGUUGGAGCUUGUGGAACAGUCUCACUUGAUGGAGAUGGAGGAAAAGCUCAAGCAGGAACAUGCAGCGAAACUGGAGACCGUUAACCAGGAUAACCGGAGGGCCGCGGAACAUCUGGCUGCUGAAAAUAGCGCAAAGUUAAGCGAGGCCGCCGAACACCACGCCGCUGCACUUAAAGAGAAGGAAAGCCAAAUUAAGGACAUGGAGGCUCGUAUUACUGAGCUUGCAGAACUCCGCUGCAAAGUAGAGGUGGAGUUAGCCCUCAAAGAGUCCGAGGCAGAGGAGGUGAGGCUCUUAUUUGAGGAGGCCCAGAUGCAGCAGGCCGAGGCUGUGGAGUCCCUGGUGGAGGCAGCGACCAAAGUCCUCAGCCAAGAGCUGGCGGAUGUCAAAAAACAGCUCGAUGUGAAGAACGAGGAGUGUGAAGUGGACCUGGCAGAGCUGAGGAGUCUCAUGAGGAUCGAGAAGGACAACUGCAUCUCGGAGCUGGUGGACACACACGAGGAGGAGGCCACUUCCCUGCGGAACCAGCUCGCCUCCCUGCAGCGGCUGGCCCAGAAUGCCGAUGAGAACCACGCCGACCAGCAGCAGAAAGUCGAGCAGGCUUUCGACCUUCAAGUGGCUGCUCUAAAGGAAGAGCAAGAGAAGCAGCUCCGGAGUUCCCAGGAACUGGAGUCCGAAUUGAGGACUGUUAUCAGCCAACUGCAGGCAGAUAACGACCUGCUCUCCAAGAAAGUAGAGCAGGACCGACAAGCGACGGAGAGAGAUUCAGAAGAAGAGGCGGCCUCUAAGGUUGCGUCGGCAGACGCUUUUAAAGCGUUGGAGCAGCAGAAGGAGGACGUGGAGACGAGGCUGUUGGACAGAAUAAGACAACUUGAGGAGGAGCUUCACGGGAGACAAUCCUCAAAAAGUGAUGAAGGGCUGUCGCUGCAUGCCGAGGGGCGUGCCGACGCCGCAGCGCCGCUGUCUCUAGACUCGGCACUGCAGGAGCGGCUGCAGCAGGAGAGGGCCAGCCUGCAGUCCCAGAUGGACCUCCUGGAGAAAAGGAAGAACGAGGAGAUGCAGAACCUCAAGACGUCGCUAAUCGCAGAGCAGCAGACUAAUUUCAACACUGUUCUAACCCGAGAGAAGCUGAAGAAAGAGCACAUCAUCAACGAGCUGACAGAGAAGUGGCGGGCAGUUACCCAGCAGCAGGAGAAGGACAAAGCGCUGAUCGAGACUCUCUCCGAGGACCGAGCCAGCGUCAUGCAGGAGAAGAAACACUUGGAGGAGGAGCUGAACCGGCUGCGCGGCGCCGCCCUGAUCUCGUCUGCCUUCUUCGCUCCGAACCCCUCGGCUCUGGAGGUCUCGCCGGCCGGGGCGGCGGCCCGGGCGCCGCUGCCGCUAGCCGGGCCUUUUCCCUCCGACCCCGGGCCUGAAACCGACAGGCUGGCCUCCGUGGCGGCCAUUCGAGAUGACGAGCAGGUGGACUCGGCGGUGGAAGCCAGCCUGGUGACUGUCCAUGACAGCACCCCGAUGUCGGAGGAGAAGCAGCGGAUACUCCUCCUCGAGAGGACUUUACACAUGAAGGAAGAAGAAAACAAGCGGCUCAGUCAAAGACUGAUGUCUCAGAGCAUGUCGUCUGUGUCGUCACGGCAUUCAGACAAAAUCGCCAUCAGAGAUUUCCAGGUAGGCGAUUUGGUUCUAAUCAUCCUGGAUGAAAGGCACGACAAUUACGUGCUGUUCACAGUCGGCCCCACCCUCUACUUCCUGCACUCAGAGUCUCUCUCUGCACUGGACCUCAAACCAGCAUCAGGGACGUCAAGACGGCCGUGGGUACUUGGAAAGGUGAUGGAGAAGGAAUAUUGUCAGGCAAAAAAGGCACAGAACAGGUUCAAGGUUCCUUUAGGAACCAAGUUCUACAGAGUGAAAGCUGUUCCAUGGAACAGAAAAGUAUGAUAGCCAAGUAAUGAGCGAAAAAUGUAUAUUUAUAUUGCUUAAUUUUUGAACAGGAGCUUCACACUAUAACUCAUAACUUGAAAAUCAAAAGACCUUAAAUAUUUAAAGAAUUUAAGAUAGUCAUGAUGCUAUUUUUGGUUUCAGUUCAAUAACUCACCUGCUACCACAUUUUAGUUUCCUUUUAAACCCAGAUAUGUUAUUGUGGACCAAUUGCUAUUAACUCAUUUAGGGCAUUGCUCUAAUGUGGCUUUAUGCCACCUGACCUGUGUGUAAAGUUAAACCAAAUUUGGAUGUUAAAUAUUGGUUCUCAUUAUCAGCAUUUGUCCUUUUGUGGAAAAUACUGUGUCAAUAUCAACAUAACAACUACAAAUAUACAUUUAUUAUAAAUGUUUAUGGAGGAAUGUUCACGGCAUGCAUAUUGAUAUAUUUUCUUUGAUUUACUUAUCCAGAUAAAUGUUGUAGUUGGAAACGUAGUUAAUGCUGUUUGUUACUCACAAAGCAGUGUGGCCCUGCGUCAAUACUGAGAUGUACACUAUGGCUGACUUAUGGAAACAGUCGUCUUUGCAAUCCUUGAAAUGCACUUUCAAAAACAAUGCUUUUGUCGAUUCGAAAAGGGAAGUUUAACUGAGCUGUCUGAACUAAGAAGGUAUAUCGGCACAAACUUCUCACUAUCAUAGAUCAUCGAUAUGUAGAAAGAAAUUCGUUGACUGUUUCAUUAUUGGACGACAUUGUACAUUACCCAUCAAAUCACACAUGUAACAAAAAAUGACUGUAUUGUAAAAGAUAGAGUUUUGAAACAAUAAAGGAUUGAUCCCAAACGGA